AUGGGAUCGAUGUGGUGGCGUUCUUUCUUCGCGCUGCUGGCUCUCGCCGGGGCGUCCAACAUCUCAUGCCUGGAUUCCUUCCGCUCCGUCACCCCCCUGUCAGUCCAAGACAAGCAUUGCCUCCUGCCUCAGCUGGAUGCAUUGGUUGACUCGCCCCAGCGCUUCUACUUCGAGAAGAUUGGGGUUGUGGUCGGAUAUGAGAUCUUGUCCAAGCUCGGGGAGAUCGAGUUCACCUUUGCAGUGCCAACGACGGGUUGGUUCGGCUUCGGGAUCUCAGAAGUCGGGAGCAUGAUUGGAGCCGACAUGGUGAUUUUGGAGGAUGGACCGAAUGGGUUCGAAGUCACUGAUUCCUAUUCCCACGGCUUCGAGCGUCCUGUGGCCGACAAGCUUCAGAACUGGCAAGCCCAGAGCAUCUCUCACGUGAGCUUGGGGGAAACCUGUUUGGGACAGACGGUUGUGACCAAGGCCGUGCUCAGACGAAUGAUGAAGACGUGCGAUGCCGAGGAUGAGGACCUAGGGCCUCAGUGGAUGCAGAACUACUUCGUGGCUGCCUAUGGUGCUGGGCGCAUGAACUACCAUGGCCAGGUACGCGAGACCACUUCACAUUACAUGUACUUGCCCGAGCCCAUCUUGCAUGAAGAGGCGCUUCAGGCUGUGGAGGUGGACGUUCUGGGUCCGAGCAUCCGGGUACCUCAGGGGCAGACGAAUUACUGCUACAUCAAGGUGGAGAUACCUUGUGACAUCAAGGUUCAUGCCUGGGCUGUCUUGAACACAAGAAACCUUCAUCACAUGCAUUUGGGACCCUUGGAGCCAGAGCUGGAUUUCCCAGAACAAUACCAGUGUUCAAGUUACAAUGCGAAGGAAGUUCUUCCAAACAGCCUCUUCAUCGAGAUGAAGGCUGGCACUUACGUCCUGGAGGCUCACUUUGAGAACCCUGGGAAAGACGCCUUUGACAUCCAGACUGGCUUCCGCCUGUGGGCCGCCAAUUCUGAUGUGUCUGCUGACAAGGCGGUGGGUAUCACGAGCAUCAAGGGAGUCUGGAGAGAUGUGCUGCCGGCGAACCACAUUGUCCAGAAGAGCUUCGUGUUGACACAGGCGUGCACAGACACCCUUCCAGCACAUGGAACCACAGUGGUUGGUGCCUUGGCACACAUGCACUACGCCGGCAAGUCCUUGAAGGCGUACCGCACGAGGCGUGGACGCACAGAGAUGCUCUUCGAGCAGCGGGGCUUCGACUUCAAUCGUCAGGCUGUGAUCUACAAAUCUUUCAAGCUCAUGCCCGGGGAUGUGAUCUCAUGGACAUGCACGUGGGACUUGAGGAACCUGGGUGACAAAGUGUAUGGCUUGAGCUCUGAGGAUGAGAUGUGCCAGAUCUUCCUGGCCGCCAACCCUCCACUUCCUUUCGCACGAGCCACGGUGGGCAUCCCGGGCCCCAGCCAAGGAGAUGAGUACGGCGUUUGCGGCAUGCGCGCUUGCUUUGACUUGGAGGAAUGUUCGACGCUGGCACCGCACAGCAACGAGUUCCACAAGAUUGAACUUCAGCCUUUGACAACCGAGGAGGGUCCACAACGCGAACUCUGUGAGUUGCUUGUGGAGGCAGAGGCGACUCCGCCUGUGAACAACUGGAUCUUUCCGCAGAGCAUCUCGGUAAGAACCAGCUUAUCGUGUUUCAGCAGCCCUUUUGCCACCUAG